AUGUCCAAGUCUGCAGAGCUGCUUAGGGCACAACCAGCGCACCCCAAUGGCGGCAGCUCUGGGAGCCCUCCCGGCCCUGCCCCAGCACCCCGGAUCACAUCUAACCUCUACCUUGGUGACACAAUGGCCACCAACAGCCACCUCCUGCUUCCCCACUGCAUCAGCACCAUCAUCAACGUCUUCCUGGAGGUGGUGAACACCCUCUGUCCUGACGUCGAGUACCUCCAUGUCCCUGUGAUGGAUGCCCCUGCCGCUCACAUCUCCAGCUGCUUCGACUCCAUAGCAGCUAAGAUCCACAGCGUGGGGACGUGCAGGGACCUGACGCUGCUGCACUGCACUGCCGGGGUGAGCAUACCCACCAUCUGCUUGGCCUAGAAGCACUGCUCCAUGUCCCUGGUGGGUGUCCCUGCCUGGGUUGAGUCCUGCCGUCCCAUCGUACGACCCAACAACAACUUCUGGCACCAGGUCAUCCACUAUGAGUACAAACUCUUCGGCGUCAACAGGCUCCGAGUGAUCAGCUCUCCGUCAGGGAUGAUACCCAAUGUUUAUGAAAAUGAAGUAAGAGUAAUGCUGCUGCUCUGA